AUGACUAGCCUGCCGAGGUUCAGUGGUUGCCCUCUUUCUUACGUCUGUCCUGGGGAUCACAAUACUGAAACCAGCGUGGUGCUGCCACCUUUGGCAGGGGCGCAUACGGGACACCCCACAGGCAGUCCCUUAAAACUCUGCCCCUCGCACAGUUCACAAGACUACCCUGAGACUAGGUCCAGUACUUAUCAGGGUUAUUUUGUCCCUCAGACUCCAGACUCUGGAUACUCCAGCCAUCGGCUAGAACAUGGUCCAAGGGGCUCUGUUGCUGGAGCAAAUCUCCUUGGAAAAGACAUGCCACCGGUAUCUGAUGAACUGGCGCCAAGAACCUCUCAACAUGGCGUUAUCGGACGGUAUAGUGACCUCACCAACUAUAGAGAAAGGAGAAGUCAAGCCUUUUUCUCUGCUUACCACGAACAGGCCCAGGGGUAUCCCGAUGCAGCUCGAGACCUCAGCAGCCAAAUGAUGCUCAGUCUACCAAGGGAUUUUCUCUCAAGAACAAACCCUUAUAGUCAUUCCCUUGAUGGCCAAAGGGGCAGCAAACAACAGGUAGUCACCCAGUUUAUGACUUUCUACAAACCACUGAACAUGGCCAUACCAGGAGCAGGAAGCGACUCUUACUUCAGGUUCUCUAGGCAAAACAUAAAGUGCGAGAUGGUUUGCAAGUGGAGUGGCAGUGAAGAGGAAUCUGCAAAGCGGCCUUGCGGGAUGAAUUUUGACACAAUGUAUGCGCUUGUCACCCACAUAACGAUGGAACAUGUAGGGGGACCAGAGCAAGCAGAACACAUUUGCUACUGGGAGGACUGCCCGAGGGAGAGGAAGCCAUUCAAAGCCAAAUACAAGCUGAUAAACCACAUCAGAGUCCACACUGGGGAAAAACCCUUCCCCUGCCCCUUCCAUGGCUGUGAGAAACUGUUUGCAAGAUCAGAGAACCUGAAGAUUCACAAGCGAAUACAUACAGGUGAAAAGCCUUUUAAAUGUGAUUUCUCGGGAUGCCAUCGGAGAUUCGCUAACAGCAGUGACCGGAAGAAGCAUUCCCACGUGCACUCCAAUGACAAACCGUACGCGUGUAAGGUCAGAGGGUGCCAGAAGUGCUACACCCAUCCCAGCUCACUUCGAAAGCACAUGAAACUGCACUGCAAGGUAUACAUGGCGAAAACCGAGGAGGACUGUAAGGAUAACAUUGAGCUCGUUGCCGAAACCAGGUCGCCUGAACUAACGCCUCCACAAAGUUCAUCCUGUCCUAAAGUUCAAAUGUCGUGUUCCGUGCUCCCUACGACGCCACAAGACUCUGUUUCAAUGGAGAAAGGAGAUGGUUCCUCCACGAUACCACGUUAUGUCCACAUGUACGACAACCUGGAUUGCGCACAACGAUCGCAGUCUCUCCUUGACCCUUUGCUGUUGCAAAGAGAACAGUACAGGACUGAGUUCGUACAGUACGCCACCAACCAGCCAAGCUACAGUUUUGUCCCGAGCCAUCAGACCUUUCAGUCGCACAGUGGCUCACCGUUCCAAAAAAGUAUUGCGAACGGCUGGUACACAUGUCACAGCGGCCCAGAGACUUUCUCCUCAAAACACAGUGACAGUGACAGAUCCUCUGUGUGACUAAAUUAUUGCGCAUAAGCUAUAUAAUUGUGUGUGCGUCAAGUUAAUAUUUAUUUAAUUCAUCCCCAUCAGACAUGUCCUAAAAUUAAUGACUAAUUGUGUUGUUUUGUCAUUAGUUUUGGUUCUAUGUAAUUCACCAGAACAACAUUUGCUCCUCAGCAUUUUCAGUGGGCGUUUUGCGUUUAGAUUGAACAGUCCCGUCACCAUGCACCUUGUGACUGAUAGACUUUUUCUGUGUCAUUUUGGCUUGUCUUAAUUAGCUUGGUAUGUGACAACACUUUUUCUCUAUCAGCAACGUCAAGUCAUUGCGUCUGCUUUUAGUGGUUUAAAUGAAAGCAUAUGACAUUUAUUUACCUCCCAUUAUAAGGUGUUAUUUAUUAUGCUUGCUUGUGUAUAAGGCAAGCGAUAUAGCAAACAAAGAGCAAUUAUGUAGUAGUCUAUGUUUUAAAUGUUGUGCUCACUUUAUGACCUUUUAGAUGCGAAAAGAAGCGGCAGACGGUUUUUUAAGCAAUGGAAGUGAUUGUAUGAGAUGUCUAACUGGGAAAUUCAGUUGAACCGCAAAUCCUAGCGACAGAAUUACGUAGGCUAAAUGAUGGUUGUGCUUUUCUUGUACUUGUUCGGUUACCUAAGCCGCGGCCAAUGCAAAACGGCAAAUAUCUCGCGUUUGGACGGAAUCACCCUUUAGGCUAAAUUCGCCGAACUAUUUUGUAUAAUUGUUCCUGAAACAUAUGUUCCAGAAUGAACAUGUAUCGUAGAAUAGCAACAUGUGAAUUAAAUGUGAUAUUUGAAAUCGCGCUACCUAGCGUAUCUGUAUUAUUUAGAUUGUUCUUAUGUUUAUAUAAAUAAUAUGUUUAAAUGUAAUGUUUAUCCCAUUACCAUUAUGUAUUUCCUUAUUGUGUCGCCUUUCCAAAUACUGUGAGAUCAAAUAGGCUAUUCAGUUGAUGCGAUAAAUAUUCUACUUAAUGUAAACGAAGCUCAUUCAUCGUCAAGCAGGACUGUAUUUUUUUACAGUGCAUGCCUUGGUUGGAGAAGCUAUUUGCUGAUUGGGCCUCCUGCUCACGUGCUGUCCUAGAUUUUGUUUCUUUUUAUUUACGGGAUAUGACAUUUUUACGCGGAUUAUGUAAACUACAUGCUCAGCCCCUACUGUAUGUCAGCUUAAUGUAUGUAGGCUAA